AUGGAAGACGCGGAGGAAGAAGAGGUUCCGUCGUACACUGACUACGAGCACCUGAAGGAAUUGACCCAUGCGCUGGAGGUCGAGAGAGAAAUGGUCCUAAAAGCUCAUGAAAACUACAAAAAUCUUAAAAAGAAGUUCAUCGAGCUGAACGAAGUGCAUCAAACCCUUCAGAACGAUGUGGAAAAGAAGUUGUCAGCCCAAAAUCAUCGCUUAGAAAGUAUUGCAAACGAAAGAGACAAGCUCACAGCCGAAAACGAUGCUCUACGAGAGGAAAUCCUGAAACUCAAGGAUGAUCUAAAAGAAAUCACGAAAGAAAUGAAGAAAAAAGAGGAACAAAUGAAAAGAGCAUUCAGUGACCAGAUCGAGGAACUACUAGAGCACACCGCCAAGAGUGAAUCCGAUCCGAUUACGGAUGAAAAUGAGAGACUCCGCAAAGCACAUCUAUUGGAUCAGGAUGAUCGUGUUCACGAGUUACUGGAAGAAAUACGUCGAGUUCAAGCGGAUCGUGACGAAGAGGCACAGUCCCUCAGAGCUGAACUUAGUGAACAACGUCAAAGAAGAAUAGAACUAACAAUAACAGCUCAAAGGACCAAAGCGGACUUAGAUUUGGCAAAAAGUCUCAUCGCUACAAAGCAAGGCGAAUUUCAUGCGUUACGCUGCGAACUAAACCGUUGUCUCAAAGAAAACAUGGAGAAAGAGAUGAUGUGGUUGACGAAGGAGGAGGAUUUUCGCAAGACAUUGAUGUUAAAAACGACAUCGUUCGAGCAAAAAGUCGGAGAUUUUCAACGUAUCGUCGAAGAGAAAGAUCAACUUAUAGCAGGUUUGCGUCGAGAGCUGGAAGCAAUGAAAACCUCUGUAGCCGCUGAAGUUUCUCAGAGAGGUGCACUGCAAGCUGAAAGGAAUGAGAAGGAAUUGUCGGAACAAAUCCAAGAAAAGAAGAAUGAGAGAAAUGAAGCGCUCAUUGAACAGUUGAAGAAUGAACGUAAUCAACUGGAAAUCACUGUAGCUGAGCUGAAGAAAAAUCUAACAGUUUCACCGGAGACAGCAUCAGAAGUGAAGCGUUUGAAGGCGCUCCUUGUCGAAAAGGAGAAAAAACUCACCAAUAUGCGACGUAGCUACCGUCAACUCGUGCGGAAAGUGGAACAUUCGCUUACUCAUUUGGAAGAACAACAUAUGAAAACGAAAAGGAAACUUGAGGAGAAUAUUAUGUCUUGA